AUGGCUUCCGUACUCAAUCGAGAGAAUUCGAGUAUAGGGCAGACCCCUGAAUCCUCAGGCACAUCAUCCGUUAAGCUACCCUCAAUUUCAAACCUCACGGCAUCCAUCACCAGUCCUUCCAGAAACAGUCAAGAUUCGUUGCCGUUCCCACCACCAGUGCCGCAAACGUUCUCAAGCCGCUAUCCAUUGGAACACACUGUGUACCAGGACCCUUUCAGUCGCCGCAAUUCACGCCAGCCUUCCAUCCCCGACUCACAAAUCAAGCCGGAAGUCCAGUUGCCGCCUCUAUCGUCUAUAUUGAGUGCACCCGUGCCUCCUCAACCACGCCCCCAUGCGGCUUCUUUACCAUGCCAAGAAGUUUACCCUCCGCAAUACGAUCCGCUCAACGCCUAUUACGCCGCACCCCAGCAACGGCAUCAGUCUUUUCCCACCUAUUCGCCUGAGACGAGCCAGUCGGGGUACGAUCCAAUGUUAGACAAGCGCGAACAGUCACCUGAUAGCUCAUCAGAGAGCAGAGAUAAACGCAAACGCGUGGUACGCAAGCGGACAAGGACCGGCUGUCUCACAUGCCGCAGGCGACGGAUUAAGUGUGACGAGCGCAAGCCAUUCUGUUUCAAUUGCGAGAAAUCGAAAAAAGUGUGCGCAGGAUACGAACAAGUCCCGUACGGGGCCCGACGGUACAGAUACAUGUCACAGCCAAAGCCGCAAGAGCUCCAGAUAGAGCAUGGAGAGAUCAUGCGGUCCCCGACGUCGGGCACGUUACCCCCUGUCAUGAACUCUCCGAUGCCCCCUCCUCCUUUGAGUGCUGCCAUGAUGCCCAGGUCUCCACCUCAGACCGCGUUCCCCAUGGUCAGACACCACUCACACCCGUCGCCGCACGUUCAGCGGUCGCCUGUACUAUUAUAUCAGCCAUACGUUGGAAAUCCUCCUCCGUAUGCGCCUCAUUAUAUGUCCCGGUCCCUGGCAUACUCGCACUACUCAGGCCAUCCCGGGUUCACGCACCCUCAGCGGUAA